GGGGCAGUGUGAACCACGGGUAAGCACAGGGGCAGCACGUGAACCACAGGUAACCACAGGGGGCAGCCUGUGAACCACGGGUAACCACAGGGGGCAGCGUGAACCACAGGUAACCACAGGGGGCAGCCCGUGAACCCCAGGUAACCACAGGGGGCAGCGUGAACCACAGGUAAACACAGGGGGCAGUGUGGGGUCGGGUCUCUGCAGGUGUCUCUGGCUCUGAGCACCAGGGAGUCCUAUCACGUCUAUUACUUGCUGUAUCUCCGGCAGAGCUGUGACGAAGACUCCGAUUCCAGCCCAGCUCCCGUGGGAUUUGCGCUGCCUCCCAGGGCUCAGCACCCCUUCUGAAGGACUUGCCCCCGUGAACCAACUGCCUUGGGAGGGGAUGGAGGGAGGCUGGAGACACCAUGGAAGCUCAGGGCUCCUCCCAGCCCCAUCACCAGACAGGUCCCUCUUCUCCCUACGGGGAAAGGGCAGGCGACAUUGAGCAGGAUGCAGCCUCUCCAUAGACCCCCUACCCUGCAGAGGCUGAGUCCUGCCAUAGACCCCCUACCCCGCAGAGGCUGAGUCCUGCCGUAGACCCCCUACCCCACAGAGGCUGAGUCCUGCCGUAGACCCCCUACCCCACAGAGGGCUGAGUCCUGCCGUAGACCCCCCACCCCGCAGAGGCUGAGUCCUGCCUUAGAGCCCCUACGCCGCAGAGGCUGAGUCCUGCCGUAGGACAGCAGGGACAUGGCCGGGGAGAGGCAGAUUUCCUGGGUCCUGAUGUAGCUGCGUGGUGUACUAAACUGGACGGCUGGGGCCUGGGAGCCUGCUGGCAAACAGCCCCUCGUGUUAGGUCAAGGAAAGGCUGAAAGAGUUGAGAGCUGCUUUAAGAUGAUGACAGAAAGCCCACCCAGCCACUGCAAGCUGUCCCUCUGUGGUCACACCACUCAUUAGACAUGGGCAGUGCAUCCUCCUCUGCCUUUGACUUUAAGAUAAGGCCGUUUUGAGCAUUAAGGCACCACUAGAAACAGGGAACCCCAGGGGUCUGGGCCUUCUUCCCACAUCUCCUUGUCCCUGCCCCCACCCCGGCCUGCAGGGACCAGCUCCACAGAAGGCCCUUGAGGCCAGGUCACCAUAGGAAAGGGAGGAAGGGGGGAACUUCCCCCCAAGUGUCUCAGGGAAGAGCAGCUGACGUCGGGUGGCUGAGGGUGGAAAUGGGAGAGGAACCUCCUCCUGGGGGGCUGACCAUUCCCCUGGUCACCACCCACGCCUUAGCUAUCUCCUCUCCCCCAGUGCAGGGAGGGGCGGGGGCACAGCUUCCUGAGCCCCAGACUCAACUGUUGUGGUUGCAGGGCCAUCAGGAGACAGAGAGAGCCGGACACAUGCCCGCAGCACCCCCUGCCCCCCACCCCACGAUGGACCCCAGAGAAGCCGGGCAGCAUGGGGAGGCCACCGAUGGCUCCCAGGAAGACGUGGCCUUCAACCUCGUCAUCCUGUCCCUCACCGAGGGGCUCGGCCUGGGUGGGCUGCUGGGGAACGGGGCAGUCCUCUGGCUCCUCAGCUCCAAUGUCUACAGAAACCCCUUUGCCAUCUACCUCCUGGACGUGGCCUGCGCGGACCUCAUCUUCCUUGGCUGCCACAUGGUGGCCGUGGUCCCCGACUUGCUGCCAGGCCGGCUGGACUUCCCGGGCUUCGUGCAGACCAGCCUGGCCACGCUGCGCUUCUUCUGCUACAUCGUGGGCAUGAGCCUCCUGGGCGCCGUGAGCGUGGAGCAGUGCCUGGCCGCCCUCUUCCCGGCCUGGCACUCGUGCCACCGCCCACGCCACCUGACCACCUGCGUGUGCGCCCUCACCUGGGCCCUCUGCCUGCUCCUGCACCUGCUGCUCAGCGGCGCCUGCACCCAGUUCUUCGGGGAGCCCAGCCGCCACCUGUGCCGGGCGCUGUGGCUGGCGGCCGCGGCUCUGCUGGCCACACUGUGCUGCACCAUGUGCGGGGCCAGCCUGCUGCUGCUGCUGCACCUGGAGCGAGGCCCCCAGCGGCCCCCGCCCCGGGGCUUCCCCGCGCUGGUCCUCCUCACCGUCCUCCUCUUCCUCUUCUGCGGCCUGCCCUUCGGCAUCUACUGGCUGUCCCGGAACCUGCUCUGGCACAUCCCCCACUACUUCUACCACUUCAGCUUCCUCAUGGCCGCCGUGCACUGCGCCGCCAAGCCCGGCGUCUACUUUUGGCUGGGCAGUGCCCAGGGCCGCAGGCUGCCCCUCCGGCUGGUCCUCCAGCGGGCGCUUGGAGACGAGGCUGAGCUGGGGGCCGCCAGGGACACCUCCCGCCGGGGCCUGGUGGACAUAGCAGCCUGAGCCCUGGGGGCCCCGACCCCAGCUCAGCCUCUGGGAGCCAGGAGGAGUUGCCCUCCUGCCUCCGGGAAGACGGUGGGGUCAGAGGCUGGGGCCAGCUGGACCUGGAGGAGGCCUUGGUGGGUGACCCGGUCAUGUGCUGUCGAAGCUGUGACCCUGGCUCCCGGGCACGAGGCUCCCCUGGGAGGCAGCUGGAAAGGCAAGAUCUCUAUAUGCCCAGGCAGGUGGGCCGGGUUUCUGGGGAGAAGUCCCAGGAAUGUGCAUUUUUGGGAAACCUCCCUGACAGUUCAUGCACAGGCACCCGUUCCCUGCUCAGCUACAGUGGGGAGAGCCCAGAAAGGAAGGAAGC